GAAUUCCGUUCACUUAUACAGUUGUAAUUUAUGCUUGUAAUGAAUUCUUAGACAUUCAAGAAUUCGUUUUCUUCGAUGACUAGCGGAUUGACUUAUGGACACCGCUGCAAAGUGAUGAGACCAUCAUUUCUCUGCACUGGAUGAGUACGACUUUCUACACAAAACAACAAAAUUAUUUGCAUUAAUUUGCAAUUAUGGCAUCGAGAUCGAGCCCUUUCGGCUUAUAUUUUUUGGACAGCUAAACUUCAUUUCCGUACAUUUGUAGUGAUCGCUUGGAUUAACUAUUUUAGUGUUCGAGAAUCGACAAUAAACAGGUUCAUGUUCGUCAGGUCAUCUUCACUGGGCCGGACUUCAGAUCUUUCCUUGCCCUUGUCGUCCAACAUGCUAACUCGAGUCGAUAACACUGUCGAGGGCUUCUUUUUAUAAAGAUAGGGAAAUCCUUGUUUCUAAGAUAAAAGAUCUGUCUGUGCAGUUGUCUUUAGUGUGGAGGUGUCCCGGUAGUGGUGUAGUUAUUCAUGAGUGGAGUAAAGCGCGAAAGAGGGGGAAGCGCCGAGGACCAAAAACGUCAAACCAGGACAGCCAGUGCAAGCAGGAUGCAUGGUGCAGCUAGACAGAGUGGUUCAGCUGCGAACUCUGGGGUCCUCAUGGUAGGCCCCAAUUUCAGAGUCGGUAAAAAAAUAGGUUGUGGAAAUUUCGGAGAAUUACGAUUAGGGAAAAACUUGUACAAUAAUGAACACGUUGCCAUAAAAUUGGAACCCAUGAAAUCACGAGCUCCACAGCUCCAUCUGGAGUACAGAUUUUAUCGACAGUUAGGCCAAGCAGAGGGAGUUCCUCAGGUUUACUAUUUCGGGCCAUGUGGAAAAUACAAUGCAUUAGUACUAGAAUUACUAGGGCCAAGUUUAGAAGACUUAUUCGACCUGUGUGACAGGAAAUUUUCAUUAAAAACUGUACUCAUGAUAGCCAUACAGCUCAUCACACGGAUGGAGUACGUCCAUUCCAAACACCUUAUCUACAGAGAUGUGAAACCUGAAAACUUCUUAAUAGGAAGGCAGUCCAACAAAAAGCAACAUCAGAUAAACAUAAUAGAUUUUGGUUUAGCGAAAGAAUACAUAGAUCCUGAAACACAUAAACAUAUACCGUAUCGAGAACACAAGUCUUUAACAGGGACGGCUCGGUAUAUGAGCAUAAACACGCAUCUGGGGAAAGAACAAAGUCGACGGGACGAUUUAGAAGCAUUAGGACACAUGUUUAUGUAUUUUCUUCGAGGUAGUUUACCAUGGCAGGGGCUAAAAGCUGACAACCUGAAGGAGCGGUACCAAAAAAUCGGUGAUACGAAACGGGCGACGCCUAUAGAGGUCUUAUGUGAAAACUUCCCAGACGAACUAGCCACAUAUUUAAGAUACGUUAGGAGGUUAGAUUUCUUCGAGACUCCUGACUAUGACUAUUUACGCAAACUAUUCCAAGAUCUUAUGGAGAAAAAAGGGUGGGACUGCGAUUGUGAGUUCGAUUGGACGGGACGACAACUUUCCACGCCAGUAGGUUCCAUAGUAGCUACAGAAGGUGCUUUAUCGCCAAACAGGGAUGCGGCACCGAACUCGGGCCGUCAACGACAUGCAGCACAGGGAGCCAAGCCAAAUCAACGAGGUACUGCCUGGGGUGAGCAACCCCGGCAACAACUCUUGGGUACAAAUCUCACAUCUGCUGAUAGACAUGGGGGUUCUGUACAGGUAAACACUUCUGUCGUAAGUUCGGGGGAUGUAGGAGUCGGAAUGGAGGAUCCAACAACCAUCCGUUCCAAUGCACCAAUCACGAAACAAUCAGAAGUAGAAGUCGUGGAUGAUGUGAAGUGCUGUUUCUUCCGUCGCCGCAAGAAAAAGAAGAGCAGACAGACUUAAUCACGGCAAUAUACCCCGAAAUAUGUGACCUUGAACAUCAAUCAGGAAUUGUCACUGUUUCGAACUAGGAGUACUCUAACACUGACGUGGGAUAUUCUGUUCCGUAGCAAUAAGAAAUGCGCUUUAUAUCGUUUAGUGGCAUGUGGUCAUUUCUGUAUGAGAUAUGUUUUAACAUGUCGAGGUAAAACACAUGUAAUUCUGUAGUUAAUGAUAAUGAAGCGAAUAUAAUCAAAUUAAAUCUACGUUUGUAUCAUUAUGAUAAAUGUUUGCUUGUGUAGUGUGAUACAAUGCUUCCAAAUGGUCACCCGCACAUCAUCCUGCACCGAUUGUAAACAAAAUCACUGUCAGGGUAUAAAAACGGACAAAAUCGCCACAUCAGUUUUAGAAUACGCCCAAAAACUUUUGUGAUCAGAAAAAGAACACAGUGAUUGUGUGAUGAUAAUAUAAUGUGUAUGUAAAUACUGAGUCAUUUUUUAUAUAAUCUUAUUUUUGGUUGCCUGCACUUCAUGUACAGUGUAUAUGUUUCGUCACUGCCAUGAUGGAUGAACCACGUUCCUGUCGUCGAAGUGCACCGGCACUUCGUCAUCUCUUCCAUGCUUCUGAGACCAAGAGUGUGUAUGAUUUUGGUCGAGUUCGUCAUCAUUUGCUAAAUAUUUUUUGGUUGACCGCAAGAGUCUGAUGAUUUAGAUAGAUUCAAGCAAAACAGAUUUAAAAAUAAGUCUGCUGGGCCUUUGCCCAAGUUUAAGGAAUGGACACUGAACUGGAUGUAUUAGUUGUCUCACCAAACAUUGCGAGAGUGGAGCUGAAAAGUCGGCCCAAAUGAAGCACCGUUUCAAGGAUAUGAGCAAGAUUAUGGUAGGGGAUAUGUCAUCGAACUCUAACAAAAACCAUACACAUUCUUCAUGUCUUAGACCUUAUUAUAAAUGUAUGAAUAAUAGACGAACAAACUUAAGUCUGAUUGGCGAAUCCAUCGUGCUCUUUGCCUAGGUGUUGCUGCUUCACCUAUAAGAAGAAAAAGCCAAAAAAAUCAAAACGACAGAAAUGAUAUGAGGCAUCUGACCAAGCUCAAGAUUCUAUCCCAUUGAAGUCCCGGCGUGGAUCAAAACGACACAUGCUCCUCUCGAACGAGAGCAGCCAAGGUACUUUGGACUGACAUAUCUUGAUCGUGAAACGCAUUCCUUGGCUUCCUUGAAGGCAGAUCUGUACACCAGACGUUGUUGACCGAUAGUCGACAGGUUUCUCUGAAGAAAUGCAUGUUUUUGCAUGAGUUUUAUUUUCAAAGUCUUCUUCAUGUUCUUUUAGCAGAGUUUUGAUUUGAUUGGUUUUCUAAACAAUCUUUUCAUUUUCUUUGCUGGUCAAAUUCUGAGGGAAAAUAUCAAAAUUUGUUUUUAUAAUUUGCUAUUUGAUGUGUAAUUUUCAUCAUUUGAGUGUCUUAAUCGGUGAUUGUUGCAUCUUAUUUUACAACCCAAUGAUUGCAUAUUCAUCUAGCAGUGCAUGAAAUAGAAAGUUGUCUAGAGAGUUUGUUGAGCCAUGGAAAGAAAAGAAAAAAGCAAUCUUAAAUACCACUCAAAACAAAGAUGAAUUUGAAAUUGGCGCUGAUGUGCGGUUUGAAAAACUUCCGAAGUCCACACCCAAGGUAUGGUGUGUACAGUAGCGACAUUUUAAUGUAUAUUUUCCUAUCUUUUGAAUUUGUUUCUUUCCUCUGAACAUCAUCCUUAGAUAUUAGAAUUUGUCCUUCAAAUCCGUUAAUGAGAAAUGAAGAAUUGACUUUGAAUUUGAAUAGCUUUAUGCUUAAUACUAGGUAAUCACAACCCGGUACAAUGGUUUUAGUGUAUCAGUGUUUCUUUUUGAAGUUAAUGCCAGUACUUUUUCCAAAGAUUUCUUCAGGUAACCAAAACGUGUCGAAGAUGGGCAGUUUUUCUUGCCCUUCUCCUGUAAACUGCAUACAAGAGCUCCUUUUGCUUGAAGCCUUUAACCUGGAUCGCUUGAUGGGAUUGUGAUGUUGUACAAGGGACAAGAGUGCUGAUUCCAGGUCAAGAGGUAUGGGACUAAAUCCCUCUCAUCUUCCUGUGUUGAGUUUAUAGAUGCUCUCAGCAGCUGCUGCAUUUUGAGCAAGGAUUCCCUUGAAAAUGGCUGUGUAAAACAUUGAAUAAGUCCCGUGAUGACAGAAAUACAUCUUUGGAGAAGAUACAUUGUCAUCAGUGGUGAUGUUUCCCGUAAUACCAGACUCGUCAAGUCAGGCACCGAAUUUAACAUGACACUUGGUUGCCAUUAGUCUAGGACUCACACAGGUUGAAGGUUUUGAGGGAGGAGAAUGUUCUUAUUGUGUUUAUCUCUCUACCUAUGCAAGACUUGCAGCUCUAGGUGGCCAGUAGUCAGGGAAUAUAAGACUAUCAUGUAACGAAUGAUGUCAUUUGUGAUAUUGCUGUAUUCUAUGGAACAUACUUCUGUGAUAGGGCUUGAGUCUUGACCUAGAAAUAGCUUGAGCUGCGAAGUGUACUUGGUACUCCUUGAAAAAGGCAUGUCCAAAGCCGCCUCGCAACACUUAUAUAGAGAUAUGCAGUCCUUUGACACUACAUGUGGCGGUGCAUAGGGGUGAGCAGGGGUAUUAUCCUCCUGGCCACAUAUACCCAUGUUGUCCUUUAAGUCUGCCAUUAAGUCUGUCAAUGUUCCCGAUACAAUCAGAUAUCAACUCGGCUGUGCGUGAUCCCAAAACUAGAUCAGAAGUUUGUUCCAUAGAAUAUGUGUUCUCCUUGAUGGUGCUGCAAUAAAUGGGACGGUCUUGAACUUGGUCAGAUCAUGACCAAAAAACUAACUCAAAGAGUACUCAGAAUAGAGUCUUAUGGCUUUCAUGUAACUAAACAACUGGAACCCUCGCUGUGAGUGGCAUGGCUAGUGCCUUUGCAGCGCGUGUUGUCAGUUUGAUCUCUUUUGUAUCGUUCGAUAUGAUGCUAAGUCUUUAUGAUGUAGUGAUUAAUGUAUAUAGCGUAAAUGUCAGUGAUUGAUUUCCAUUGUGACUAGGAACUGUUGACAGUUCUACUUUUGUCGGUUACUUAACAGAAUCAUCUUAAAUCAGUGGCUAAGUUUGUCCGACUGAACCAAUUAUAUGUGCUUUGCUAGCACUUUCUGUCUGUUUUCAAUUUUUCUGCUGUACAGUUGAAAAUGAGCAUUAACUUUCAUCACAAUUUUACAGAUGGGCACAAAUUGUCUUUAUGGACGAUCCACAAAAAAAAUUUACUUAAAGUGGGCUCUCCGGAAUUGGGUCAGUAUAUUAUGUGAAAUUCAUCCAUGUCAUGAUUCAUUUAGCGUUCAUCUACGUCAUGACGCCACAAUACAUUGAUGUUCAACUACAUCAUGUUCAUCCCUUGUAAUUUCAAAAUCUGAAUGAUAUAAUUCAUUGGUUUCAUAAGGCUUAAAUUUCAUUCACUGGCAAAGCACUGUUUUUGACUUAAUUUGAAGUCAAAUUUUAUUGGUUAGAAUGUGUUUUGUUUGUGAGGUGGCAAUAUGCUUCCGUUUCAGUGUAGACAAAGUGUCAGAUGUUUAACUUUGAAAAUAAACGUAAACUUUGAUUUUAUCCAGUGGGAGGAAUAGUUCAAAUUUACGUAGCUCUGGCCAUCUAUUUUGGUAUGGAAGUGCACCGAGAUGUUUUCGAGUGUCCUCAUAAAUUUUGAAUCAAGAGUCGUUCAUCUAGUCACAAGAACAACGAUUCUGGUAGAUCUAUGAGUGUUCACAUGACUUGUCGUCUGCCUGAUGAUCACAUGACUGUCAUGUGACCGCAUUCUUCGUCAACAGCAACAUUCCUAAUAUCAAAUUGAGUGCGUUGUUUAUGAGUAUCUAUCUCUAUGUGCCUGUACCUUAUUUAUGUUAUUGUUCUUAAUAUUUUGUCAUCCAUACAACUGUACAUGUUUAACAAACAUGUGGGUGAAUUCUUGCUAUCGGUUGAAAGUCGACAUAUUUCAAAUACAAUGGAAUAGAUGUUUGUAUCAUGUUGAUUUCCAAGUAAAAAUUACACUAUUUCACGGAAAUAGAAAGACCAAAAAGAUCGGACAUUUGUUUUUUAAAGGUGUGUUUAAUUGCUUCUUGUAAGGUAUUUCAACAACUAGAUUUUUUUCAAAGAGUUCUGAGAUCUGUUGAAUAAAACUACCGUGUGAUUAUUCUGUGCAAAAAAUGGGACAAAGGUUUGUUGUCUGUCUGUGUUAUGGACCAAAAACUGUAAUUCGUGGCCUUUUUGAUGUCCCAGGUUCAAUCUAAUCUUACAGUUAUGAUUAUCCUCUUUCUAAUUUUGUUUUAAAAUGCUUGAAAUUACCAAAGUUUUAUCAAUGAUUCAUUUUAAUCAAGAGAAUUUCCCAUACUCUUGCCUCAUUAUAGUUGUUUGCUGCUAGUUCUAUCCUCUUGGGUACAAUCCAACUCUUAUCCUAGAAACAUAGUUCUCUUAGUAUCUUUUCAGUUCGUAUUGUAAAUAUUUACCAAGAUGAUCUGCGGCAAAAUGGGAAUAUAGUGAUUUAAUCUAGAUUUUGCGCCUUCAUAAAAAUCAGCCAUUUAUAUAUGUCAUUGUGUAAAUACGCUUCAUUCAUAAGCUUACAUUUUGUUUUGAUGACCAGUGGCCCGUAGUCAUGUGUCAUAAAGGCCAGUUGGCAUUUGUAAUUUAAGGCGCAGAGUAUCUAGUACAUAGUUAAUCUUAGUCUGCACACUGUUCUUCAAAAUGUGGAAACAGAGCAGCUUCACUUACGUUGUGAUGUCGAUCAAAUCUUAAGAAUGGAAAGAUAUAUUUUAAGUGACGUCUGUCCGUACUUGUGUCAAAAUUAUUGGCCUCUUGGAGGAAUCUUGGAUAUACGAUAUAAACUGACUACGAAGGGCGGACAGACAUUGGAGUGAUAAUGGAUGAUUGAAUCGACCAUACAUAAAGUGUUUGGUACACACUUGUAGCCACCGAAGUCGGGUGUCUAUUGCGAAAAUAUUCACAUUUGCCGCAAUUCAGUAUUUAUGCAGCAGUUCCCUUUAGAAAAUCACAGGCAUUUGAAGCAGAAUGGCCUUGUCGACAUAUGUUUGGCUCUUCAUUGUCUGAGUGUGUGAAUGACUCUCAACAAUUUUGUGAAGGUUAACAGAAUUUACAAUGUAACUGCAAUUGACACUGCCAGCCAAAUCAGGGACCCAAUGAAAAGGCAACAGAUCACUAUCCCCAUUCAAUAAUGUCCGACUGUCUGACUCAAAUCGAACCGAUCCAAAUAGAGUGGAUGGAUUGCCAUCACCUUCCAGACUGAUGACUGCAGCAGUGGAUCCCUGACAAGAUACAUCAAUUUUAAUCCCUGCUUUUCCGUCUUCUCACUGGAUCCCUGGUUUUGACUCUGAUGCUUGUAUCUUUGACUUCAUGUGUAAUUGUCUAUUGAGACUGCAAAGAAUGUAGAAUUCGUGGCAUUGCUUCCUGGGGCCUAUAUCCUUAUCAGAUACAAUGUGGUACUGCAUGUGUGUAUGCGUAAAGAUUCAAAAUUGUGAACAAGAUGUUGUCAGUAAUCCAUAAAGCUCACCAAGUCUUGGUGAAUUCGUUUUAACAUUCACUACCUUUGACAUGAAUCAAAUACAGUUCUCUGAAUCAAGGACAGCUGUCAAUGGAGCAAAGCAGUCCAAAAUUCAUUUGAUAUGAAGAUGAGAUGGCAUUGAUUGCUAAAUGCAGUUGACUUGUUUUGUGAAGUGGGCACUUGUAUGCGUUUACUCUAUGUAUAUGUUAAUGAUCUAUGGAAAAUUAGCAAAGAGCCAUUUCCUUGCAUGAAAUGGUAUGUAAUUUUAAUCUUGAUUCUGUUACUCUGAGAAGUGUCCAUUUCCCAAGACUGUUGAAUUAUCUCAUUUGGAUAUUUGAGUGUUUGGAAGACGGUCACAAUCUUCCUGCCAAGGCUGUAGCGACUUAAAGGGAAAUUUGAGUGAAUUUGUUAACUUUUCGAGCGACUUGACAGUUCACUGCCAUUUCACCAAAAAAAGGUUCCUCAGCCUUGUGUUGAUUGGCAAAAUGAGACAUUCAUCAAUAAACAAAGGAAGUGGCAGUGAAUUCUUUAGUCGAGCCAAAAUGAUGAGGAAACCUUCAAAUCAGAUUGAGAAUUAAUGUCAAGGUAUUCAAGCUGUUAAUAAAUUCAAGGGCCAAAGUAACUUGACUGAAGUAAUGCCACAGUUGUCGUAUAUACUAAAUCCACCUAUAACAUUUGUGUCAGUUGGGGUGAUAGGCUUAAUAUUCCUUGAGACCUUGAUUGAUUCCUUGUUGUCUCGCUAGAGGACCUGUGGAACGAUCUGUACUGCCUGGUGACUUUGGCAUAACUUUCAGCCAAGAGAAGUAUAUCACUCUGGAGGGAGUAUAAGAAGAUUGAUCAGUCUGAUUAGCCUUCUAGCGUGACUAUAGGGAACCAAUCUACAAGAUGCCCUGCUUGAAUUGUGGGGACUAAAUAUACAGGUUCAACCUGAGUUUCCUUCAAUAUGUCGCACACCAGGUGACAAUGCAAAUAUCAGUUCAUAGCUUGUCCCCCCCCCCCCCCCCCCUGAGGGGUUGUUUGAGUGUCAAACGUAUCCUUGGGAUGUGGUAUUAAUGACUUGUGUAUGCUUUCUUCAAAAGUGGUGAGCAGAUGUCUUUGCUUGACCCUUAAGAAUUUAUAUCAAGGUGAUAAGGUGUCAAACUUUGAGGAGAGGGUACCAGCUAAGAAUUGAUAGUUUCAUAAAUUUCACUCAUUUGGAUGCCCGUGUAUGGCGAACUCAACUCGUGCGUAUUUGGGAAUCAUGUAUUUAUUAAAAUGUGAAUGUCCCCCAAUCAUCGGAGGGGGGUACAUGAAGUUUAAAUCCACUGUACGACAUGAAGACUGGAUUAUUUGUUCAAGUUAGCACUGCUGUGGUCUUUAUAAAUAAAAAUUGAUUUAUUGCAAAUGA